UCGCCAUUUUAACGGAAGUCCCCAGCAGACCAACUUCCGGUACAAACACACGUCUGCUCUCUUUCCGUAGCUCUCAGUCCAUUAUUAAGAUUUUUCAAUUGUUCAUAUCGAUCAGAACAAAUUCGUGUCGGUACCGGUAACGGAGUUGGACGCACGAAACGUCUGACCGUGAAUGACCGAAGAUGGCGGCCGACCGCCGCGAGGACAAAGAUGGUGAGCUCAACGUUCUGGAAGAUAUUUUGACUGAAGCUCCAGAUCACGAUGAUGAGCUUUAUAACCCUGAAACUGAGCGACAUAUCACAGACAAGAAAGGAGCAAAACGUAAGGGGGAACAUUCAGAGGGCCACGAUCGAAAGAGGCCGCGGACCUCUUCCAGCCAUACCUCCUCCAGGUCGUCCAUCACCAACAAGAGAGGCUCAGGAGCUCCUCUCUCGUCUUCCUCCUCCAAGAGGGCAGCAAGCAGUCCACACAGACGUCACGGCGGCAGUAGCUACCGUGGCGACUACUAUGAGGAGCGAAAGAGCCGCAGAGGAGCACGAGAUGCCACCAGGAGCCGAGGAGGCGAGGCUGCUCGACGUCGAGACUCUCCCAGAGACCUGGAAGGUGUCAACCAGAAGCCACUGCGUGACGAGCGUCAGACAAGCCCCUCCCACCGUCUGGAGGAUAACCAAUCAGAAGAGGAUGCAGCACCAGAGUAUGGCUCAGAGCAACGGUCGGGAAGCUCCUCCCCCGCUGCCUCUCAUGAAGAAGAAGAACAAGAAGAGGAUGAAGAAGAAGAGGGUGAGGACGAGGAGGAUGACGACGAGGAGGAGGAAGAGGAGGAAGAUGAGGAAGGAGAGAAGGAUGAGGAAGAUGAGGAGGAGGAAGAGGAGUACGAACGGCGUGGCGAGGGUAAUGACUACGAUACUCGCAGCGAGGCGGGUGAUUCUCGCUCUGCCUCCUCCAUCAGUUUUUCCGACGAUGGCGAGUCAGCACACUCUGCCUCGGCCUCUGACGCCUCAGGUUCAGAGAAGAAACGGGAGAAGCUGUCCUCAUCAGUGCGAGCUGUCCGCAAAGGGAUGGAAAAUCCAACCGCUAGCCUUCGUUACAUCCUGCAGGACGCUCGCUUCUUCCUCAUCAAGAGUAACAACCAUGAGAAUGUCUCUCUGGCUAAAGCUAAAGGCGUUUGGUCCACUCUGCCUGUCAACGAGAAGAAACUCAAUGCAGCUUUCCGCUCGGUUCGCAGCGUCAUCCUGGUUUUUUCUGUGCGGGAGAGUGGCAAAUUCCAAGGUUUUGCUCGCUUGGCUUCAGAGUCUCAACAUGGCGGCUCUCCGAUUCACUGGGUUCUUCCUGCUGGCAUGAAUGCCAAGAUGCUGGGUGGAGUCUUUAAGAUCGACUGGCUGUGCAGACGAGAGCUUCCGUUCACAAAGACAACACAACUUUCAAAUCCCUGGAAUGAACACAAGCCAGUCAAGAUUGGCCGUGAUGGACAGGAAAUACAGCCGGACGUCGGCGCUCAGCUCUGUUUGCUGUUCCCGUUGGAUGAAAGCGUGGAUAUCCACCAGGUGGCUAGCCGUGUUCGUCACAAGCGCCGGACUCCAUCUGCAACGCGGCCUCGUGGCCGACCACCGCUGCGUGAACCGGGAAGGCGUCGUCUUGAAGAAUACGACCUACAUGGCAGGAAGCGACCUCGAGUCGAGUGUCCAGACUUCAACCAGCGAUCAGGGUUCGUCCAGGACCUGAGAAACCAGCCAGUGGACAGGCGUUUCUCAAACGUGCGACGGGACGUUUUCCUCAAUGGGUCUUACGACUACAUGAGGGAUUAUCAUCAUAAUGUUGGACCGCCGCCUCCUUGGCAGACUUUGGUGACGUACCCCGGUGUGGAGCAGGCGCCCAACCACCACCCUCCUUACUACCAUCACAGCCAUCCGCCGCCCCCUCCUCAUCAGGCAUACCACCACCACCCCAUGCCCCCGCACGAGGCUCCGCCCCCUCGCUUCAGAGACAAACAGCGAGUUGUGCCACCGCAUCGCGCCUUUGCUUCCAGCCCACACGACUACGACAUGCGUGUGGACGACUUCCUGCGGCGGACGCAGGCGGUGGUGAGCAGUCGGCGAGAACGAGAACGAGAGCGGCAGCGUGACCGUGAGCGGGCUGGACCUCGCCGGGAGCGAGAGCGUGGCAGGGACCGAGACAGGGACAAAGAGAGGGCGCGCUACCAUAGAUGAUUUCCUGUCCCAGCCAAUGUUUUUGUUUGUUGUUAAAAAGAAGACAACAGCAUCAAAUAGAAAAUGCUAUUUUUCAUCUGGAAAAUGUGAAAAAAGUGAUGUUAUUGUAAGUUGACUUCCCACAAACCUCUCUGCUCUGCUCUUCAGCAAACACUUUUGUCAGUAUUUCACCCAAAUUUUAUUGUCAAA